CAUUCGAAUGUCUGAGAAACCAAAGUCCCCUAGGAAAGAGGAUCUGACUGUUCAACCUCGGGUGAAACAUCCUUUACAGAACAGGUGGACCCUCUGGUUUUACAAAAAUGAUAAAAGCAAACCCUGGCAGGCAAAUCUUCACCUUGUUACUAAAUUUGACACCGUGGAGGAUUUUUGGGCACUAUACAAUCAUAUUCAACUUGCCAGUAGGCUGAUGUCAGGCUGUGACUACUCUCUCUUUAAGGAUGGUAUUGAACCCAUGUGGGAGGACAGCAGAAAUAAGUAUGGUGGACGAUGGUUGAUUACUUUGUCGAAGCAGCAAAGGAUGUUGGAACUAGAUCGGUUCUGGCUUGAAACAUUGUUGUGCCUUAUUGGAGAAGCUUUUGAUGAACAUAGCAAUGAUGUUUGUGGUGCUGUAAUUAAUAUUCGAGCAAAAGGAGAUAAAAUAGCAAUCUGGACCCGUGACACUGAAAACCAAGAUGCUGUUUUGUGUAUAGGAAAAACCUACAAGGAAAGGCUCGGCCUGCCUGUUAAGGUUGUGAUUGGCUAUCAAGCACACGCAGAUACAGCUACAAAGAGUGGAGUAGGAGUUAACAACAAAUUCAUUGUUUGA